CCGCGUUGUUGCUACACGUGUUCUUAAAAUUGCGAGGUAAUAGUUGACGAGGAGACAUGGAGACAAGUGUAGCUGUUGGAUCGCGUUCAUCGCAAGAGUCAGACCAAAGCCGACGAUGGACAAACAAACUGAAGUCCACACUUUACAGGAAGAAGUUUCUAUACACGGCAUGCCUUUUGUUCGCCAACUUUAUGUCGGGUUGGAUAAAUGGGCAGAGAGGACCAUCACUGUUGGACCUACAGCUCAUCACGGGGACGGACUUGUCUCAAGGCUCCGCCUUCUUCACUGCUGCUGCUACUGGCGCUCUGGUUGGAGCCGUUGCUGGUGGAGCCAUCUAUGACCGGUGUAAUAAAUACCUGUCGUUGUUCAUCUCGAUGGCCGGGCACGGACUGACUGUCGCUGUCAUACCGCUGUGCUCCCCCUACUGGCUUAUGAUUGCCGUGUUUGUAGCACACGAGUUCUUCCUUGGCAUAUUUAAAACAGGUUGCAAUGUGGAACUUGUCCGAGUGUGGGGAGUGGAGAGCAAACCAUAUAUGCAGGCUUUACAUUUCCUAUGGUCGCUAGGGGGAAUUAUCUCCCCUUUUGUCCUUGAACCGUUUUUAGCCCUCAGAAAAUAUGGAGAUGAUAAUAUAACACAAUCUCUUGUCAUGGGAACUGAAAACAGUACAUAUUUAGUGCAGGAUUUCGUAAAUGCAUCAAAUAUAUCAUCGAAUCAUCAGCCUAAAACAAGAAUCAUUUGGCCUUUUUUGAUGACUGGGAUUCUAACGAUCCUGUCGUCACUACCGUUCUUUAUUGUGUUUUUAUUUGCAAGACAGGAUAAACAUAAGGACAUUACAAAAGCAUUAGAUGGGAAGAGACAAGGUAAAAGGUUGUCCCGGAAACUACUCGCUCUGACACUUGGCCUCCUGGGUAUAUUUUACUUCUUCCUGGAUGAGGUUGAAGACUCGUCGGUGUCCUUCCUGGCAUCAUAUGUGGUCAAGCAGUUCAAGUGGACAAAGGUCACGGGAGCAAGGAUCACAUCGGCGUUUUGGGCAGCAUACGCCUUUGGUCGUCUAGCUGCCAUCUUCUUCAUCACCUAUGUAUCUCACGUAAAGAUAUGUGGUCUAUUCUUUUUCUUUUUAAUCCUAGCUCAGGUUGGUAUGAUAUUCGCCGGAAUGUACCUGUCAAAAGUAUUCAUAUGGAUCACAGCUUGUGCUGUGGGCUUUUCAAUAUCAAUCAGUUUUCCUGCGAUGCUAACAUGGAUCGAGAAGGACUUUGUGCAACUCUCAGGAAAAAUCAUGUCCGUGAUCUUCAUAGCUGUAGGUCUUGGCGGAAUGGUCAACCCUCAGAUCAUCGGUCAUCUGAUGGAAGUAUCCAGUCCUCUCUGGUACAAUUAUAUCCUGACCAUUGAGAGUGUUCUGUUGUUCCUCAGUUUCCUGAUGUUAGUGUGGCUGGUGAAGAACGUCCUGAGUAAAUAUCACUCAUCCUACAAUGUCACUGUAGAUGAUACGGAAGAAAUGGAGGUACCUCUAAAUGACAGGCCAACCCUAGCUUCAUAAUAAUUGUUCACGAAUUAUUUAAAGGUUCUGUUUAAAUUGUUAAGUCACAGGUGACCGUACUUGCAGACCUUUCUCUGCCUUUAAGUUUGAUAAAAUAUACUCUUCAAAAAAAGAAACGGAAAGCCAGAUUUGUGUGAGGUAGGAAAAUAUAUACGAGGAACCGUACAAUGUAUUUAACCAAAAUGUUGUGGAGAGAACACUUGGUGAUUGUAGUCAUCUCAGUUAUCGGUACAUAGGAAAAGUCUAAGGUGAAGGUCAGUUACCAUCAAUAAUGCUUAUGUCCACCGUUGGAAUCGAUAGCGGCCUGAGUAUGUGAAUCACAUCCUGGGGAAUAGUAGCCCACCCAGCCUACAACGCAAAGGCCAACUGCUGCAACGUCUGGGGUUGUGGUUAACGUCAGUGUGGCCGUCUAUCCAAUUAAUCGAAAAGGUGCUCUAUUGGGUUCAAAUCCGGGGAUCUGGAGGGUAAGGGGAGAACAUAACCGUUGUUGUGUAGACAGACUCUCGUGAUCCGUGCUGUAUGCGGUCGAGCGUUGUCCUGAUGGAAUACA